GACCAUGCCCGGGGCCGCGCUCCUGGCCGCCGUCCUCGCCCGCGCAGCUGGCCGCGCCGCCGCGGCGGAGGUUCCUGGCGCCUCGAUGGCCUGGCGGGGCGCACAAGCCGCGCUGCUGGAUCAGGAGCCGCGGUGGGGGCUCAUGCUGGGGUCGGCCAGCGCCGGCUUCGUCAUCAUUGCCGCCGCCGCCGCGUGGGCGCAGAGCCGCUGGCAGCCGGCCGCGGAGGGCGAGCGGGUCCGAGCGAUCGAGGCCCAGCGCGACGAGGUGCGCGAGCGGGUGCGCGAGCUGGAGCGGCAGAUCCAGGCCGUCGAGCGGGAGGCCGCCGAGGACGAGCUGCGGUUGCGUUGGGAGGCUCACGAGGUCGCCGCGCCACUGGAGCAGCGUGCCCGUGAGGAGGUGGACGCCAUCCCACAGCACUCCGCCGCAGCGCCCGGGGAGGGUGCCGCGGAGGUCACGUGGCUGCCAGGCUCUCAGCUGCCGCCGGCUGUGCUGAAGCAGCGGCGCUCCAUGGGGUGGGUAGAGGAGUACGGGCACACCACCAAUGGGAGCGCUCCACGGCCCUUCGCUCCGUGGCUCACGCCCGUCUGCGAGGUUCGUGUACGACCUUAUUGCAGAGAUUUUGCAGUCAUGCGGCCGCGCUGCAUCCGCGUGGACCCGUGCAUCGCAAAACGGAAUUAA